AUGGUAAGAAGGCAAGUGGACAUGGCUGUCGAAGAGAUCAGGGUAGAAGUCGUAGAUGGUUUUCUCUAUUCCCCUUCUCGAUGCAAUGGUUAUUCCCUUCGAGUUCCGGAGAGCAGUCAUCCUCGUCUUGCGACUGGCGAAGUCUCGACGGGUAUAGCGGAUGCUUCUCCCCGUCUCUGCUGCUUCAGCCAGCUUCACCAUUCUCCUCUUCUCUUUUUAAGGUCUUCCUUUAUCGCCUCUCUGCAAAGCCUUGCGAGCUUGGACGUGAGUUCUUGGUUUCCUGCAGAUCGUGCUGCUCCACGUUGGCGUAUCAGCUCAAGAGUUUCAAGAGGCAGGCGUCUCUUGGUGGUUUUAAAACUCAAAAACUCACUUCUUCGCGCAGUUGUGAAGGUGUUCAACGAGCCGGUCAUAUUCCUCGUCGAUGUUGCCCAUUGA